GUGAACGUUCGGUGUGCCUGCUUGUGUUGCAGCAACAGCAAAACGGCAGAGCUUCAACGGCGGACGCCACACAUUUCGCACUGCUCUUCCAGCUCGCACACUCGUAGGAAAGAAAGUAAAAACAAGCAAAGAGACAAACACAGCUCGUGAACACCACGUUGGAGCGGCGCCGGCGUAGCGUACUUUAACAUCCACCUGCCGAUGCAACUCGGUGCGUCUCCUCAUAGAUAGAAGCAUCCAUUCAUCAUCUUCCAAAAAGAAAGAAAAAUAGACCCCAUAAAGCACGCAUACACACAAACAUACAGAGGAGAGCUCUCCAACAUGGAGGCCCACAAGUCAUCCCAGCACUUCACCAUCGAAAAGCAGCGGCGGGCGCCCUCCCCCGAGGCGGCGUCUGUGCCAAGUCCCGCCGCCGGCCGCGACCCGAACAGUCGAGGUCGCUCCGCCACCCCCACCGAAGGCGGCAGAGAAGGCAACACCCCGGCAGGCGAGGGUGGCCGACGCACACCCGGACAACCACACGUGACAUCACCGCAACUGCGGCGCCGCGGGGGUGGGGAAGGGGGCAAGGGCUCCGCGGCGGCGGUACCGCCCGCCUCUUCCCUGUUCGACACCACCGUGCUUACCUCUUCAGGGUCCACCCCGUCAGGCGAAGGUCGGCGGCCGAUGGCGCACUUACUCGACAGCGUGGCCUCUUCUUCCGCCUCUCUGCCCUCCUCGCAGACUCCCCCGCGAGGGACGGCCUGGCAGUCCCCGGACAGGAAAGGCGAUGCCGGCGGUAGUGAGACAGCGGGCCGGCAUCGUCAUCAGCACACACAGCAGCGGCAGCGGGAGCCGCGACCAGCGUCUAGCGAGUCGGCGACCGGCUCUGCUCGCCUGGUCGGUAGAACACACAACGCAGAGGAGAGCACAUUUGCUGAGCUGCUCGGUGAAACCCCUGCCUGGUCCCCCGCCCUUUCCCACGCGCAGUUAAAGCCAACCCCGCAGCAGACGCACCCCAGCGCCCGCGCUCGUCCGUUUGAGGGACCGCCGGUAAGUACCACUCCCACGUCGCACCAACAUCAGAGUCACCUCCAGCAGCAGCAGCAGCAACGGCAGCGGGAAGGCAGCCCGCAGAAGAAUGAGGGGAGCAACUUCGGCACCCCCACCUCGGCCAACACGGAGAACCCGUCCAGCGUACUGGAGGGCUCAUCCUUUUCCAGAGACGACGACCUCCGCACGGGCGGGCAGGGGAUGCCGUCUCCCGCUGGGCACGGCGACAACUGGGCCUCCCCAUCUGAAGUACUGCGGCUGCGUACGAUGUUCCACGACAUCGCAGAACGCUAUCAGCGGGAGCAGACGCGUCUGCAGACGGAGCUGCAAAAGGCCCAGGAGGAGUGCAACGUCUACGCAAGCGAGCGGGCACGCGUGCAGCAGCUCCAGAAAUCCUACACGGAAGGCCUCGCCCAGUGCGAGCGGGCGAAGCAGCAGCAGGCGCAGUGGACGGAAGAACGCGCGCUGCAGCAGCUGCAGCUGGAGAAGAUGAUGAUCGAAAACCAGAGACUGCAGCUUUUUAUCGCCAAGAAGCAGAGGCUUCACCGGCCCACAAAGGGGGCCAAUGCGAUCUUCGUGCCGACGGAAAGCCAAGAGAGAAUACGUGCCGCCGUGCAGGGCGUCACAACAGCAGCUGCGGCUGCAGCGGCCGAGGCUCGCUUUGGCGAGACGUCCCUCUCCCCUCUUCCUGUCCCGUAUUGGCCGAUGGGAUCCGUGCGGGGCACGACGCCAGGUGCCACCACGCGUCCUACCGCCGCCGCCGCGCCGCCGCCGCUGGCCUCCACCUCGCCUCCAGUGGUGUUUGCGGGCGAGCUUGGUGGCUUUGGCUCUCCUCCGGCGCAUCGCGGAGCACCGCCGGGGCGUACGCUUGAAGUGCAGGGAUCCCCGUACACCUUUCUCUCCUCCGAGUCCACGCCUCAACCAGAUCCAUCGCAGCGUACCUUGAGUCCCUCCCUACCGCAGGAGCAACAGCAGCAACAGCGGACUCGGACGGUCGAGAUCGGGAGCGUGACGGGGGUUGACCACACGCAGCUACCUGGGCCUGCUAAUACCGCAGCCUCGACCAGAGGUGAGGUGACAAGGGUGUCGCCUUCCACCGGUGUUUCCGCUGUGACGCUUUUAUCGGCCGCUGCGCCUGAACCCCAACACCGGCAGCAACAGCGACAGCAUCAACAGCACGCAUCUCACCGCAGCGGCGAUGCCGCUCACACAGUAGCUGCAGCGAGACAACCAAACUGUCAAGACGAGGGAAGGAGCGAGGGCGACGGUGAACACGGUCACCGCCGCAGCUCUUCUCUCGCCACCCCCUCCCUCACCGCCAGCGGAGCUGCCACGACUCCGACCUUAUCCUCACUACAGUCCGCAGGUGCGUCUGUGCCGGAGAGGGAGUUGGAGGGACUGACCAGCAACACCGAGGAGGAGGGCGGGUCCGCCGUGGUCGGUGACAGCGGCGAGCACGCACGUCGCUUUCUCAAGGAGAGCGGCAGGAGCGAGGGAGAGGGGGAGGGAGACGCAGAAGACGAAGAGGAGACGGAGGAGAACGCACGCAACGACGCCACAGGCGGCCGCACCAGCGGCGAGUUCGAUCCAUCGUACGCACGCGGCGUCACCGACACGUCGUCGUCGUCGAACUCACACGGCUCUAACGCAUCAAUGGGCGGCGUGGCAGCCGCUGGUGCCGUUGGCCGCUUCAUUGACGCCCAAACACAGCGGCAGCCACCGCAACAACGACAAGAGGAGCUGCACUCCAGCUCUUUCGUCAUGAGUGGAUCGCAAGGCGGCGGUGGCUGGCUCACCAGCACGACGCAGACCAGCGAUACACCCCAUAAGGCAACCGACGGCGCUGCAGCCCGCUCCUCCGUCGCCACGGCGACCACCACGACCACCACGACGAGCACCACGACACCGUCACUGCUCGCCUCCGCGGCGGCGGCCAUUCCAAACGGCUUCUCCACCUCUGCGUCCUCCACCGCCGCAUCAAAUGCGACGGCGUGGAGCCUGCAGUAUCUUUACCAGCUGCCCCGCACCCCGGCGGAGGCGCUGCAGGAGGAGCUGCGCAUGAUGAAGGAGCUGCGCCGCCUCGGCGACGAGAACGCGUCGUUGGAGGCCCGCCUGCAGCACCUCGCUGCGCUGAAAGCGAUGGACGCGGAUCAGCGGGAGCAGCAGCUGCUUCGGCUCGCGCAGGAACACGAGCAGGCCCGCAGCAGCGCCGCACGUUGGGCGUCAACGGCGCAGCAGCUGCAGGCGGAGGUGUCGACAUUGGAGGCGCAAUCUGCGGAGACGCGUGCCGCCCUGGAGGAGGUGUUGACCACGUCGAGGCGACGGCAGCAACAGGCGCAGGAACGACUUAUCGAAUUGGAGGCGAGCAGUCGUGCCGCGCUGACGGCGACGCGGGAGGAGACGCUGACGAAGAUGUCCGUCCUGCGGCGCACGUGGUGCGACUUCAUGCGGGAGCAACAGCAGCACCAGCGGCAACGAGAACAAACCUGCGACGCAACUCCCAGUAGCCCUGGUGCGGUACAAGAUUGUGAGCGACUUCAGAAAACGAUCGAUGACCUUCGCGCCGACCUGCACGCUGCACGCAUCGCCCAGACGGAGCUGCAGGAUCGCCUCCACACAGCCGACGCAGCGGCUAAGGCGCGCCUCAUGCACGUAACCGACACACUGGCCACCACACACGACGCGCUGGAUCGACUGACGUGUGAGAAAAACAACGCUGCCCUGCAAAUCGAUCAGCUGGAGGCGGAGGUGGAGCGUCUGCGUGAGGCGGCGGUGACGCGUGAGGCCUGCAUGCGUGCGAUGGAGCAGCGUCUUCGUCUGGCCACCGACGAGCUGGCAACGCAGGCGGAGCGAAGCGACGAUGCCGCCACCUGGAAGGCCCGCGCCGUGAGCGUCGAGGAGGAGCUCGCCACCCAGCGCGCCUACUACGAGAAAGAGAUCAACGUGUACAAGACGGCAGCGUGCAACAUGCAGGACCGGUACCACGGCGAAAUGCAGACGGCGGGGCGGCGGUAUGAGAAGCUUGUGUUGCGGUUUGAAGCGAUGAAGUUGCGGCUGAAUGCGGCGCUCUCUGCGGGUGUGUGCGGAGAACAGGGAGGAGAUGAGUGGACCGCGCCAAAGAAGCCCGUAAAAGGGCAGGCGAAGUCUCCGGUCAACACCCCCGACAACUCACCGAACACGACAGCAGCGAAAGGACUGCGGCGGCAGCAACAACAGGCACAGAAGAAAGCAGGUGACGAAGAGGGAGAAGAGGAGCUUAUUGUCGCGGCCCAUCCUGCUUUGCAGCGAACCGCGAAGCUUGCGUGCGACUCGGUGCGGGCGCUGCGCACCUCGGUGGAGGCGACGGACAGAAUUGUGAAGUCACUGAAUCGCGCUGCUUCACCGUGA